UAAAACGCGUUUAAGAUUUAGUUAUAAUAAUACAGUUUUAAAUUAAUUGAAUAAAAGUUUCAAAUCGGCAAGUGAUAAGCGAGAGCGCCAAAAAGCAAAUGUCGAAACCACAAGCGAAAGCGACGCAGCCGAGAAACGUUGCUAAAACUACGACAGCUACGACAGCAAGAGCAAAAACCACACUAAAUAAUCCCACAAAAACCGUAAGCGGUGCAUCUAAAGUAAGUACCCAAGUUAAAAAGACAAUAGGGUCCACCACCACAGUCACCAAGCGAGUAGAAGACGAAAAACUUAAACUCAAAAGUAACACACAAACGCGACGAACAGAGCCUGUCUCGCUCAGCAAGAGCCGAACUCCGCGCGAUGUUGUAAAACCAGCAACAAACUCCGUUAUAAAGAAAACAGUAGCCACCAACCGAGUGGCCAACACAACCAAAACACCGAACAGCCAACUUAUACCACCAACAAUUAAGAGAAAUGCAGCAGCAACCACAAGGAAAGCUGGCGUUAGUGAACUGCCUAUGCGCGUCAAACCAAGCCGCGAUAUCGCGGAUGCUGUGAAGAAGAAACCGUCCACCGCAAUCAAACCUAAUGCUGUCUUAGAUACGUAUCACAGCGUCACCGUUGCCUCCCCACCGCCGCGUCGCAGAGAAAUUAUUGCAGAAUCAAGCGACAUUCCCGCCAGAACUAUAAAAGAAGGAGCUUUAGAGUCGACUGAUGUAGACACUGCCGCAAUUGUGGUUCCUGCUGAUGAACCGCCAAAGCGUGUACGCACGCAUUCUUUGAAAGAUGAAGAUAUCAUCGUAUUACGUACCGACUCGGCGAAACACAGAAUUGAACAGAAGAUAAUAGGAGAUGUGAGCACAGGCAGCCAACACGAGACGGACUACUUAAAAUUGGAUACAGAUGAAGAGAUCCAACAUAAGCCAGUUGUCAGAGAGCCUGUAGCAUUUGAAGUAGAAUUCGAUGCGCCCUUGAGCAGUAAGCCCAAAACUAAGUCUCGAGAACCAUCAGUAACGCGACACAACGCAGAAACCCCACUUAAAGCAAAACUCAGUAAUGCUACAAAGGAACCAGAAACGGAUAAUUACUCAGAUGACUUUGAAACAUAUGAAUCGGACUUUGAGACAGGCUCGUCGUCGCAAAACGGCUCGUCCGGGGAAACUGAAAGCGAUACAUCACCGCAUAGCGUUUGCAGUGAAGAUGAAGAUAGUAGUAAAAGUAGUGUUUCUUCAACUACGCAGGAGGAAACAAGUAAAAAUACCGAUGAUGUGCCGGUUAACGAUACCGAUUGCGAGGACGAAACUGAAUUAACACAAUAUCCGGUAACAGUUAUACAACGCGAUAAGGAACUUGAACGUAAACUGGACUCUGGAAAUUAUGAAAUGAAUUCUCGCAGACAUCCAAAACUAGCCGAGCUGGUCACACAAAUCAACGACCGGCAUUUUGACAGCAUGGAUACCACUUACAGUGUCGCUUCAACAGAUCAACUGGAUUCGGGCAUCAGCAGUUAUGCUAACUCGAAUAACACACAAGCGGAGGUCGACAAAUUCGGUGGCAUUGUAUGCUCUUAUGGCGGUUAUGCCGAUUUCAAUACGCGUCCCAUCUUAGGAAAACGCGGCAUCGAGCUAAUGAAUAAAAUACAAUUUGACACCUUAACGUUUUCACUAUUCGAGCUCAAACCCAUCAGCUAUGAGGUUUACAUGCAAACUUAUGGCACGCUAAAUACCACGCAGUGCUCGACACAGACCAAUGAAAACCGCAUGUCCACCGAAAGUCAAACAGAGAGCUAUGAGAUGCGUACAAUGUGGACGCAGCAUCCACAACAAUAUGAUCUGCAAACGGUGCAGAAAUUUGCCACAGGCAUGCAUGGCAUGAUGGCAAUACAAAACUGUUGUGGCGAGGCCCCAUUAGACGAAGCCAACUUGUUACAUAGCUCCAGCGCUGAUGAGUAUGAUGUCAGUUUACUACGGCUAGCGGUACUUCGACAAACUAAUAGCAAACAUGUGGUUAACGCGCAGCUAAGCAGUCUACAUAAACCGUUAGAUUUUGAAAAAUUAAAUGCGUUUCUGUUGCGCUCAUCAUUAGUCAUCUCAAAAGUGUUGAGCUCAUCGCAAGACACCAAAGAAGAAGAACGUCUAACGCAACUCUCGCAAAACCAACAGAGUUUUCAGGAAAUUAGUGCUGGUUACGUGCAUCUCGAAACGAAUCUAUUGAAUGCUUUACGUGUAGUGCGUGUAUUUGCAAGUGCCAGACAUGAUCUCAUCAUAACAGUACAUGCGAGUCCACCGGAUGCAGACGUCUAUCGCAGUGAUUUCUCCCAACUUUUAAUGGUCUGGUCCACUAGCGAUUGCACGCAGCCGUUUCGUUUGCUCUCCACAUGGAGCGAAGUUUGUCGUGUUGAAAUCUGUUACGAUAGCGCGGAUAUUGUGGUGUGUGGCCUGCAUGAUGGUAGCAUUGCUAUGUGGGAUCUGCGCGAAACCUACACCUUCUGCUCGAAAUUAGAUGGAUAUCUGACGCACUUUCCCGCAACGCAAUCUGUGGUGCCUAACUGGACAGCGAGUAUAGAACAGUCUGAUAGACUUAAGGAUCUUGGCGCGGUGGUUGAUGUACGCAGCUUUCGAACGCCACAGCGAAUAACUGCGUUAGGCACCUACAGAUCCAUACAGUUCGCCGCACUCAACGACACCGGCAUUCUAACGAUUUGGACACUAGUGGAAACGAGCGCAAAACAUUACGAUUUUGCUACGUCGAAAGCUGCUGAUAGCCAACGCACACGUAAGCGCAACGCAACGUCUAUGUUAAACUCCCGUUAUGAAUAUAGUUCCCCCUGGGCUCGUGUGAAAUUAAUACAGAGCGCGAUUUGUGAUUUACGCGACUAUCUCGAGCGUGGUGUGCGGCGCGCACAAACCCAAUUUGAGUUGACCAAGCAACUGUUCCAAAAGGAGAUCUAUAGCGAUGAAAUCUUACGCGAGCUGCAUGGUACGCAGUCAGCGCAGCAACAGCGGCAACAAUUGCAGGGCUUACGCUUUACUGGCAUCGAUACCGGCUGCGAACGCAUCUACGUUUGUACAAAUCGCAAUUUCGUGCUGAGUUGCUCGAAGAGUUUGAAGUCGGAACGUUUUCGUAAAAUAAACAUUAGCGAAAGCGGUCUACUCUUCUCCACCACUUUACAGGUGUUGACAAAUGAGAAUUUUCUCGCAGUUGGACUGUCAAAUGGUUCGGUGAUGAUUGUUAAUUGCAAUCAGCAGAAAUUGGAAACUACACGUAGUAGUGAUGCGAAACGUUUGGAAACCGGAAGCUCAUAUAAUGAUACUCACAAAAAAGAAGUAUACACCUCACAAACGCCUGAUAUCGAUCCAAUUACUGGUAAAUCAUGCGCCAUACAGAAUAUAAUACUCAACGAGAGACGUCUGCUGGGUAAAGCCGAUAGUGGUUACGAAACGCCAUACGAUACGCGUCCAUCUACAGCCGCUUGCAUUGCGUUGAUCAGCAAUCAGAAACGUCCGUUUGAGUUGCGUGUCUACGAUCAGCAAAUCAUAUUGAGUGGUUCUGCGCUGCGUCAGGAUUUGGUGCAAUCACUGCAGUUGUCUAGUGAUGGUUGGCGUCUGUUUGCGCUCACAAAUGGUCAUGUGCGUACAUAUGACUUUUACUUGGAUCGCGAGCUGGGCACGCAUGCGCUGGUCGGAAGUGGAAAUGAACAACGUGUUAUGGAUAUAGCAGUGGCCAAAAGUUCACAAAAUGCAAAUAAUCUGAUUGUAUUGGAUGAAGAGAAUUACGUAGAAGUGCACUUAUUAAAACAAUAGGCAAUAGAAAGUACAUAUAAAUAAAUAAAGCAAGAAAGUUUGAGAAUGUCGUAAAAAGUUCAAAAUCAAAUUUUUUUUCAGGAUUUAGCGCUUGUUGAAGUAUUUAGAACCUCGUCGUUUCAAAAGGAAAGACGAAUUUAUAAUGAUAGUCAGCUAAUUUGAUAAUCGUAUAGAGUUUAAGACCAUAUAAAUGCAAAGUCCAUAAGAAUUUGUUUCGUUCCGUCUAUGAAAUGUAUCUAACGAUAAUUAUUGCUAUAGAUUUCAUCAUGGAUCAAUCUCUCGAAAUAUGACAUAAUUUACAAGUUAAAGGUAAAUUCAUUUGUAGCAUUCUUCA